CAAAAGUCCCACAAUGCGUGCCUACAUUGCAAUUACCCUGCUGGCCCUGGUGGCAGUUGUCGUGGCCCAAGGGGGAGGCGGAAGACGUGGUGGACGCGGUGGCGGCGGAGGCGGUGGCCGAAGUCUUGGAGGAUUCGGAGGACGUGGAGGCGGUGGCUUCGGCGGUCGCGGUGGUCCUGGUGGUACUGGUGGCCCCGGUGGCUUCGGCGGACCUGGUCGCUUUGGAGGGCCUGGAGGACUUGGCGGUGGUGGAGGAUUCGGAGGUCCCGGCCGCUUUGGCGGUCCCGGAAGCUUCAAUGGUGGAUUCGGCGGUCCUGGCGGUUGGGGCCCACGUCCACGUCCUCGUCGCCCAAGACCUUGGUGGACGACAACGGAGAGUUCCUUGGCCGACACCAGCAGCACAACUAGCAGCUCCUCCAGCUCCACCGACAGCAGCUCCUCUGCCAGCUCCACUGAUAGCUCCACCGAUAGCUCCACCGAUAGCUCCACCGAUAGCUCUACCGAUAGCUCCACCGAUAGCUCCACUGAUAGCAGCUCCACGGAGAGCACUACUGGUUCGGGAUAGAUUCUGAGUCUCAAUUGCAGCGUAUUGAAAACUUUCUGGGAAAUGUAUGAAAAUAAAAUCUAAUUGGCACAUUGAAAC